AUGCUGAAGACGUCACCGAUCCUCUCAACCUCCGCCAAUGCCUCGCCGACCACAUUCCGCUAUGCGCAUCACUCUCCUCAACACUCCCCCAAACCUGCCGCGAUCGGGCGACGACAUUCAUCACGGUCAGACCCGUGUGUCGCCGACCCUAUGAACUCGUCACCACACCAGCGCCCGCGGCAGUACGUCGCCAAUGACACUGGCGCCCAAGGGCCGGCCAUGGAUUUACACAGACGUUCGUCCUCGUCGCUCUCACAAAAACCUCUCGCGCAAACCACAAAAUCCCCUCGUCGUCCGUCUACGGCGAACACCCCUGCCGCUGCCCCUCAACCACCCCAACCCCAGGCCCUGAGCGAGAGUCAGGUACCACAAAGCGGGGUGUCGCCUGUCAAACGACGAAGCUCGCCGCCGCAACCUUCCGCCCAAGCUCCGAAUGCUUCGGGAUCGCCAUCACAGCAGACAUCGAAGCGACCAAAACCCGAUUCGCCACCUCCAAAAAUUCUGCCACAGCAAUAUGAGUUCUGUCCUGUAGAGGACAUGGUUGAAUUGAUUGCGCACAUGCUGGGCGAGUUGAUAGCGACUAAUGAUGCGAUACGGAGUUCAAAUGGCGGCUUGACACGCUUUCACUCAAGAACUGCCCCAGGCAUAUCCGUACGCGAUUAUUUACACCGCCUGGCCAGGCAUGCUACCCUGAUCCCACCGCUCCUGCUUGCAAUGGUCUACUACAUUGACCGACUGUGCGCACUUUACCCGGAAUUCACUAUAAACACCCUGACAGUUCACCGAUUCCUCAUCACCGCUGCCACUGUCGCCGCCAAGGGAUUAUCUGAUUCCUUCUGGAACAACACCACAUACGCGCGAGUAGGCGGAGUACGAUUGGCCGAGCUUAAAUUAUUAGAACUCGAGUUUCUCUACCGAGUUGACUGGAAGAUUGUCCCAAACCCAGAGGUCCUGGUGGCCUAUUACAAGGGCUUGGUCGAACGUACCCCAGGGUAUGCACUAGACGCCGAAGAAUCAGACGGCGACGAGGACGGGGAGGAGACUCGAGAGGCACAUAAUCAAGACGGAGAACACCAAGAAACAUGA